AUGUUCAUCAGGCGGCAGAGGAAACUUAUCGUUCGCACCAUCAGCUCUCGACGCCUCUUCCUCUUCGUUCUAGUUAUAUUUGUCUUUGCUCUUUUUUACCGUCUUCCUUCCCCUCCAAAAACAAAACAAGCUGGGAAGACAACUCCCAAAUAUGACGUGCAAGAUACUCCCCGAUUUCUUUAUCACUCACCUUUUCGGGAUGAUCCUGAUCUAGAAUACGAGGAGAGGGUAUCAGAGGCAUUGUACGACAUUGAGCACAUUGCGCUGCAAGAAAGCGGAGGUGAUAAUGUAGCUCAAGAAAGGAUAUGGCAGGUUAUGUUAGGAGAGCAUGCGGCACAUCAGGUUAGGGGGAAGGAUUCGAUCGCCUUUGAGGAGCGCAAUGAUGAAUGGAAAUACUCGCUAGUAACCACCGCCAAAGCCAUCGCAUUUAUCAACGAUGUAUUCUCAACUGUGCCGGGCCUGCGAGAUCUGUACAUGUCCUAUUCGUACGACGUCCUUCGUGCAGACCUUCUUCGAUAUCUCUUGCUAUGGUAUCAUGGCGGAUUCUACGCGGAUUUGGAUGUAUUCCCGAGAAAGACGAUUAAGGAUUGCCCGGCCCUGGAACCUCUGUUUUCGGAAGAUCAUAAGAAUAACCCCAACAUUUCUCUGGUUUUGGGAAUCGAGAUCGAUGAGCCUAAGGCAUCCCCGCAGCUGAUGCGCCAAUGGCGUUGGAGCAGGAGCUACGAAUUCAUUCAAUACACCCUAUAUGCUCCCCGUCGCUUCAGUCCGAUACUUCGAGAGGCAAUUGUCAGGACCCUGUCGCAUACGAAAAAGCACAUCAAGAAAGGAAACUUCAUAUGGGGCACAAGAUACAACGAGAAAACGAUCUUAGAAGUUAGCGGACCCGGAAUGUUUACAGAUGCUGUGCUGGACACCCUCUCGCGGACACUCCCUUCAACGCACAAACUGGUGGAUUUAUCUUUGAGCUCGGACAAGGGAAUAGGGGAUCUUGCCUUAAAACCAACCGGUUCAACCCAACGAAGAGUGACAUGGGCCCCUUUCUUUGGUAUUAGAGAGACUCUUUGUGUGGACGCCUCUGAGGCCACGAAAGAUCCCAUGGCAGCCAACAUGCGUGUGUGA